AUGUCUGCUUUAGAAAGGCUAGCAAAGCUGAGAGCAGCUAAAAACCAAGAACAAAAUACAGCUAAUCUUUCAAGCAUAGAUGAAUCUAAACUACAUAAAUCUUCAAGAAGCAUUGGAUUAUUAUCAAAAUUACAAACUGAAGAUGGCUUAAAGAAUAGAACAGAUAUGGCUGGCAGUACUGAGUUACUGGUGAAAAAACAAUCUCUAUCUGAAAAGUUUGCAGCAAUAAAAAAGGCUCGACAGGAGAAGGAAAACACUUUAUCGCAAAAUACUCCAACUUUUGAAAGUACUAACAAUCUGAUUACAAUAAAUAAUGAAACAUCUACAUCUUCAAGAUUGAAUAAAUUUGAAAAAUUUCAGACAACCAAUGAUGCUAAGCUAAAGCAGAAUCAACCUUCAUCCGAUAUCUCUUUAAUUAGUACACCUAAUAAUGUGAGAUUGAGCUUAAAACUAACUGCUAUUAGGAAAUCACAAGGUUUUGAACUUCGAAAUAAAGACAAUACUGUACUUAAUAAAAAUAGAACAAAUAACAAAUCACAUUUACAUGGCUCACAAACUUCAGAGAUGGACCCAAGCACUAAAAAUCCUAUUAUGCUUCAUGAUAAAAUAAAAAAUUCACGUUUAAUAUGGAAUCUAAUCUCUCAACAAAAUCUUAGAAGUCAUUCUAAUAGCGGCUAUAUAUUUAAGACCCAAAGCAGCAUUAUUAAUAAUUCUAAGUUGAAUGAAAUAUGUAUCAAUAAUAGUAAGAGAAGUAGAUGUUCUAAUCAGUAUACAGUCUUUUAUCCAAAUAAGAAACACAAUGUUUAUCUAAGCAAAGAUCAAAUUAAGAAAAAUUUUGAAAAGCCAAGUCCUGAUGACAUCGUUUUAGAGGCCCAAGCUAAAGCCUUUGUAGAUGUAACACAAAAGGUGUCUAAAUUAAAAAUUGAUAAAACUUUAGAAGAGCAGAAAAAAAAAGAAGAGGAAGAAAAGAAGAGAAUGGAGUCUAUUAAACAAGUAUUUAUUCCAUCGGAACCUUAUCAAGCCAUUGAAAUUGACAAUUAUGUCAAAAAAAAUGAUAUAAAAUCUAUCAAUAUAUUGAUAAUGGGUGAUACCGGAUCAGGUAAAUCGACAUUAAUGGGUCGUUUAAUUCAAGAUUUCAAUCUACUUGAUUAUGAUACAAUUCGUCGAAUCAAAUGGGAUUCUGAAAAACACCUUAAAUCAACGAAUUAUCUCGCAUGGUUAGUUGAUAAAAGUAAAAAUGAAAGGCAGUCAGGGUCCUCUUUAUUCCCCCAUACAAUCGAGAUACACAAGAGGAAUCUAUUUUUAGACAAUGAAUUAAAUUCUACUGCUUAUAAUAUAAAUGAAAUACCAGGAAAUAAAAGUUACGUUUCUAAAGCAAGAACAUGGGUGUUCAAUAGUAAUUUGAUAGUAAUUUGUAUCGAUUGUAACAUUGAAUCAUUUGAAAAAGGUUUCAGUCUUGAUGGUCAGACAAGGGACCAUAUAUUAUUGACUAAAACUAUGGGGAUUAAAUAUUUGAUUUUUGCAAUGAAUAAAAUGGAUACAGUCGAAUGGGAUGAAGUCCGUUUUAUGUCUAUAAAAAAUGAGCUAACAGUAUUUUUAAAAGACAUUCAAUUUAAGCAUGUAGAGAACGUAUCAUGGAUACCAAUAAGUGGCAGAACUGGGGAAGGUGUGCACAAUGUUGAUUAUCCAAAACAAAUGAAAUGGUAUGAAGGUGGUGCUAGUUUAUUUUCAACAAUUGAAAAGUUGACAAUCCAUAAAUAUGAUAAUAUUAGUAAGAAGCCUUUUAUUUUCCAAAUAUUAAAACGUAAAAUGCAUGAAAGUGACAAACAUGCAACUUUAAUAACUGGUAAAGUUAUCAAUGGUACUAUACAGCCGGGUGAGAAUAUUACCGUAUAUCCAUCCAAGCAGAGCUUAAUAGUUGACAGAAUAUCAUCUACAGUUGAUUCAAUAAAAAAUGCACCACUACCGAUUGCGCUCGAAAGUGACUCUGUAACGUUAAAAGUAUUAAAUGCAGAUUAUCAAUCAAUAUCGAUAGGUAAUAUAGCUACCUCUGUUGAUUUUAACCUUGAGACUUCAAAUUCAUUCCAAAUAAAAAUCAAGACAUUGUAUAUGAAUGAACAUUUACAAGUAGGUGACUUAAUGACUGUUUAUUCGGGAUUUAGUAGGUACGGUGUUAAAAUCACAGAAAUUCUAUCAAAUGAUAUAAUACCAGUUAACAAAUCUCACAUUGGUUCUGAUGAAAUAGCAACGUUUUCUCUAGAUGUCAUUGAACCUGACCACGACAUUCCUAUUCUCAUACAUCUAGCAAAUAAUCCUAUGGCUCUAAACGAGGUAAUAUUUAGAAGACAGGGUGCGUUUGUCGCUAUUGGAAGAUUUAUACAGUAA